AUGAACCACGGUGUGGUACUGCAUGCCGCGGUGCGAAGUGGCACCAAUGGAAAAGUGCAGAAUGGGAAAGAGAAAACCAAUGGCGAGGCAAGCAAGGCAGUCGCAUCUCUGCGCAAUGCACUUCGGCAGACAACGCGGAUGCGCGGGGGGAGUCCACUGCGGCGCGCUUAUGAGGAGCUGUCGCACUGCCAGUGGCAGCUGGGCAUCUCUCUGCUGCGCAAGGAGAAUUUCCAGUCUUAUCAGAAGCUGGCAUCAAAGACUUAUGCUCAGCUCUCGCACUGGACUGCUGCCAUCGCCUUCCUGGCGGGGCUCCAAGGGCUGCAGUGGCAGGCCUGGGUGUCGGAAGGGGUGCGAGCGUCACCGGCGCCCGCCCAGUUCGCCUGUGAGGCCUGCAACACUGCGGGCCAGUGGAAAUGGAGCACGCGGCUGCUGGCCUCGAUUCCAAAGGAAUACCUUGGCCGCAGGACCCAGGAGGCGACGGCCGACUCGAUUGCCGCCGCAGACCUUUGGGAAGACGCUUUGGCCUUUCUGGGCAUGUUGCACCAGGUGGGGGUGCAGGGCUUUCCGGCCACCAGCCUGCUGAGCUCCUGCGGCAGGGCCGAGCUGUGGGAGCUCAGUUUGGAUCUCUUCAACAGCCGCCGCCAGCUGGCGCUGGGGGAUCUGCACAGCAGCUUCAUGAGGCAGGCCAUCUAUGAGUGCUGCCGGGGGCGAUCCUGGUCACACGCACUCCAGCUCUUGAGCGACAUCCGUGGCAGCAGAGUGAAGCCCAACCUCGGAGUCUUCGACUUUGUGAUUGCGACCUGCUACCGGAGUGGCAGGUGGCGGAACGGACUGCAAGUCUUUGGGCAGGUGCUGCGGGAGGGCCACGUGCCCAGCCACCGCACCUGCGCGGCGGGCCUGGACUCCUGCGAGGCGGGGGGCCACUGGAAGCUUGGGACGCAGCUCCUGGACCAGAUGGCCAGCUGCUGGCUGCUGCGGCCCCACAAGGCCGCCUUCAACCCCGUUCUGGAGGCUUGCCAGAAAUCCGCAGCCUGGUCUGCCUCGCUGGUGUUCCUGCGACUCAUGGACAAGACUGCCGUGGCGCCAGACGUCUUCAGCUACUCCGCUGCCACCCGGGCGGUGCUGAAGUCCCGGCAGAUGCGCCUGGCCCUGGGCCUGGUCGCCGAGAUGGCGCAGCAGCGGCUGGACCUGGGCGUGGCGGGGCCCAUCAUCUUCACCGCCACCUUCCGGAGCUGCAAUUGGAUCGAGGCCUUGCAGCGCUUGCAGGCCUUCCAGAGCUUCGGCCUGCGCCGGGACCUGCCGCUGCUGGGUGCGGCGGCGCAGCGCCUGCGAAGCAGCUGGGCCCGGGCGCUGCAGCUGGCGACUGCGCCGGACUUGGGGCUUGACACCGCGGGGUUGAACCAAGCCCUGGGCACUUGUGCUGCGGCUGACCACUGGCAGCUAGCUAGUAGCUUGCUCAGCUCGUCUUUGCAGAGCAAAGUGCGCCUCGACCACAUCACUGUCAGCUCCUACAUGGGCCUGGUACCGAAGGUGUGGCACAAGAUCUUCUUCCAAAUUGGAAGGCACUUUACUCCGGGCAAGGGCAACCUAUUAUUUUGCGCGCCCAUCGCUGUACUGACCUCAAGAUUCUUUGCGCUGAUGGCCGGUUGGGGCUACAUGCUUUCAGCCCACGGCAUCCCGGGCUUGCGCAGAAGCUUUGAUUUCUGGUUCAUGGUGCGCUAUUCUGGACCCAGUAUGAUCUACUGCGCUUUCGAGAUCUCCCGCACGGUUUGCUUGGGCCGCAUGAAGGCAUCCUCUUUCCAACUGGUUCUCAUCCUCGCAGUUGUGCCUUUGGCGGUGGUCCGCGGCAUAUGCUUCAAGCAAUUCUACUCGGCUGACAAGAUCCUGGCGCUCCUGAUCUUAGUUCUGUCGGGCGCAGGUUUUCUGCAGACGGAUAUUGAUAUGGGAGUGGAUCCACAGGCGGUCUUCCAUGUUUGCCUCUCAAUGGCUCUCUACAUUUGUGGCAACAUUUGCGGGGAAUACGUGCUGAAAGUGGACAUGGAUCUUCCCGUGGCACUACAGUGCAACUGGGCAUGGCCAUCGGAAAUCCUUCUGGCCUUGUUUAUCUCGGCCAGCACAUCCUUCAACUCACUGGAGAUCGAGAACCCCUUCAAUGGCUUCAACUGGCUGAUCUGGCUCAUGGUCUCGGCGAUGGCUUGCCACUGCAUAUUUUCAACCUACUUCACAAAGAUCUGCGAUGGGGUCGCGAAGGUAGUGGCAGGCAUCUGCUCCUUGAUCUUCCCCACCUACAUGGGCCUGGUCUUCCUGGGGGUGGAGUCCUUGGAGCCCCACAGCCGGCCCCUCUUCGCGGGCAUCGCGGUCAGCGCCGCCGUGAGCUUCGCCUUCGGGCGCCAGGCAUCAUCAGGAGCCAAAGGCCUUCAAGGGCUGACCGCCUUGAGCUGA